AUGGAAGAGCCUACGGAUGAGCAGCAGAAGACGCGAUGCAACCCGUUGGCGCCAUCGCAAUCAAACGGGGGCCCGGCGACCUCCAGUGCCAAGGGUAUCGCAUCUCUAACGCCUGCUGAGAUAUCACGUAACAUCACUAACGCCAGGGAAGCGUUAGCGACUGCCAAAAAGGAGGAAAUGGUGCGUCAACAAAUCAAGGAUAAGCUUAGUAAAAUCAAUAUCACGAAAAAAUUACUCCCGACGACAACAAGGUUAGGACUCAAACCUCUUAUGGUUGACAGCCUGGGACGAGUGCUCGAUGAAUCUGGAAAUGUCAUACAGCAUCGACCUAUGUUACAUUCUAACCUUAAGAUUAAUCAGAACUUCGAACGUGAACAGAUGCAAAAGGAGGCAGCCACUACAGCACCUGAACGUCCUAAGCUUGAUAAGGCAGCUAGAAGGGCAGAACAAUCACAAUAUGUAGAUACAACGUUGAUGGUUUCCAAAAGACGCCGGCGUGGUGGGCUCAGCUUUGUAGAACCUGGUUCGUAUAUUAGGCAGGAGCGGCAGCUUCAACGUCAGAUGGAAGAUAAAGCACUGGGGAUAAAUCGGCGUGGUAUACAGGCUCAUAAAAAGCAAUUGCUUGAACAACAGGAGCGUAGACUAGCAGCGCGACAGAAAUUGGAGUCAGUUGGGGAAAAUGGAGCUGUCUCAGGUGAAGCUGAUGAAGACGUAGAAGAAGUCAAUCCCAACCUUAUACCGCUAAAGUCCGGUGGCCGUCUUGAAAAGAAAGAUUCAUGGGAUGACGAUGAGCCUUGGAUAGAAUGGUGGGAUAGGGGCAUCAUUUUGCUAAAGACGGGAGAAGACCCAUUCAAAACUGCUAAUGCAAAGAAGCAUCAGACACUCGAUAUUGAACCUGAGCAAUGUGUGAUCAAUGAAAAGAAAUUCAACAACUACAUUGAACAUCCAUGCAAGAUAGAUGGUAAGAAGAAAAAGUCAAAGGACGCACCUGCCAUGAUACUCACCAAAAAGGAACGCAAGAAGCUGAGGAGGCGUAAGAGGGAAGAAAAGUUCAAGGCAAUACAGGACAAGAUACGCGUUGGUCUCCUGCCGCCACCAGCACCAAAACUCAAACUUUCAAAUCUACUCCGGGUACUGAAGGACCAGUCUGUGGCUGACCCGUCUCGUGUGGAGAAGCAGGUGCGUGAGCAGAUGGAAGAGCGUCUUUUGAACCACGAGCGACGUAAUGAAGAGCGAAAACUCACACCCGAACAACGAUCUAAAAAGCAUGCUAAGAAGUGGCAGGUCGGUAAAAACGAAGAAAUAGAAGCGGCACUGUUCACACUAAAGUCAUUAACGAACCCCAAGUUGCUCUUCAAGGUCGAUGUCAAUGCGCAGCAGUUCCAUCUUACUGGAUGCUGCAUUGUUGCCAGUCAUGCACCUUGCAUAGUUGUGGUCGAGGGCAGCAAGCUUUCGGUAAAGCGUUACAUCAAGCUGCUGAUGCGCCGUAUUAAAUGGGAAGACAAUGAGACUCCAGCUGAAGUGGAGGCUGAUCUACCAAGUGUCACACCGCAUGGCAGCUUCUGCAAGCAGAUAUGGACUGGUAGUGUGAAGAGGCGCAACUUCUCACACUGGAGUGUUACCUUCGCAGAAUGCGAUGAAGAAAUCACCGAAGCAUUGCGACCAUUCAAGGCACUACACUACUACGAGAUGGCCCAGAAGUAUCGUGACCCUCUUGAAGAUAUAUAA